UAAAAUUCAAUGAAUAUUUCUAAUUUUAUGUAUCAUGUAUCUGAAUUCAACAAUUCAACUGGGUAAGAAAAUAAGCUCUAUUUAAAAAUAAAAUUUAAUUUUUAAAUUUCUAAUAUUUCUCCUUAGAGAUUUCUUGAAUUUCUGAAGUUGUACAUCACUACCACCAAUGCAACUAUACAUAAUUAAAAAUUAGCAAGUAUUUUUAAAUUAUUCCUUGAUAUUGAUUAUGUAAAAUAAGAAUUUAUUACGUACUUAGCAGUGUCAAGAGUUUACAUACGGUAAUAUAAUCAAAUAAAAAUUAUUUUUCAUAUAACAAUAGCAGUGUUCAUUGUGUUCAAUGUAAAAACAAAUAGCUACAUUAUAAAAAUGACUGUACACAUCAAUAAUUGGUAGCGACAUCUGUCUGGGAACCGAGGAACUAUAGAAUUGCCUUAUAUUCCAGCAUCCAGCAUCAAAAUAGACAAAAUAUMAAUAUUGUUGUGCCCGGAGCAAGAGAUUACAAAGCCGCAUCGCGUUAUCUUUCUACAUCGCGGGUACAAUAAUUAUUAAAAGUUAUAUAUUAUUAUUAUUAUUAUCACAAAACAUAUCUUUAUUAUUGUUUAUUAUUACCAAAUACCAAAACUGUAGUUACAGAUUUUUGUGAUAUUACGUAAAUAUAUGCAUAUACAUAUAUACAUAUAUGCGUAUAUUAAUAUUAUUGAUUAUUAAUAGACGGCACGAUGUAGAAAUAGAAAAGAUAUUAUAUCGAUAGGCGGUUGAGAGUUGAACCACAGACUGUGGUUGAACGAUUUAUUAAAACAAAAGUUGAGUUUAGUCGGCGAGUGCAAGACGAAUGACAUCGAAUGAAAUGUCGGACAAGAAAUAAUAUCAUGUACGAGUGAUGUAGUUAGAUUUAUUCACAUUGUACAUGCCCAUACACAGCUGUCAUACGUUUUUGAAUUAGUUUUUGAGUUCUCGACCAUAAUGAAUCAAAUCUUUACAAACCGUUAUCAAUUUUUAUGUUUGACGAAUUAUAGAAAAAAAUUAGGUAUAGGCAUUGAGCGCAUACUACAACCACCCAUGCUAUGUUAUAAACUGAGUUAUUGAAUUGGCUCUUUGACAGUCAAUGACAAUGGAUGAUGUAGGUGACAUCGAAGAUUUGAUUUUGUCUGUUGCCGAUAUUGCUGAAAUUGGUAGAGUCAAACCUAAGAAUAUUGUAUCUCUACGUCCAAAAGUUAAGGACAAACCAGUAAGGGAAACUGAUCACCCCACAUCCCAAGUCCCUGGCACCCAAACAAUAUUUAUUAAGACUUGGGGAUGUUCACACAACAGUUCAGAUGGGGAAUAUAUGGCAGGUCUUCUAUCAAACUAUGGAUAUAAAAUAACUGAGGACAAAGCUAUUGCUGAUCUGUGGAUACUAAAUAGCUGUACAGUGAAAAAUCCAGCUGAAGAUCAUUUUAGAAAUGAAAUUUCUACGGGUAAAAAAACUGGGAAAUUUGUGGUAGUGGCUGGUUGUGUACCUCAGGGUGAUCAAAAGUCUUCUUUUAUUCAAAAUCUGAGUGUUAUUGGUGUUCAGCAAAUAGACAGGGUAGUAGAAGUAGUAGAAGAAACAUUAAAAGGACAUACUAUUCGUUUGUUGGGUCAAAAAAAGAUAAAUGGAAAAAAAGAUGGAGGUGCCAGAUUACAGUUACCAAAAAUGCGCAAAAAUAAAUUAAUUGAAAUUAUUGCUAUCAGCACUGGAUGUUUGAAUCAAUGUACUUAUUGUAAAACAAAACAUGCAAGGGGAAACCUUGGUAGUUAUCCUCCAGAUGAAAUUGUACAAAGAGCCAUAGAAUCAUUUAAUGAAGGUGCUGUGGAAUUGUGGCUAACAAGUGAAGAUACUGGUGCAUAUGGGUUGGACAUACAAACAAAUUUACCAGAUCUUCUUUGGCGAUUAGUGGCUAUCAUACCUGAAGGUUGUAUGAUGCGUAUUGGUAUGACUAAUCCACCAUACAUACUCAAUCAUCUAGAGGAAAUAGCCAAGAUUUUAUCUCACCCUAGGGUAUAUUCAUUUUUGCAUGUGCCUGUACAAUCUGGAAGUAAUCAAGUACUAGCAGACAUGAAGCGUGAAUACUCAAUCGAAGAAUUUGAAACUGUCGUUAAUUUUUUAAGACAAAAAGUACCUGGUGUUUCUAUUGCAACAGAUAUUAUUUGCGGCUUUCCAACUGAAACAGAUGAAGAUUUUUCUGAGACAAUGAGUGUUUGUGAAAAAUAUAAAUUUCCUAGUUUGUUUAUUAAUCAAUUUUACCCACGUAAAGGUACACCGGCUGCAAGAAUGCCUAAAAUUCCUACUGACAUGGUUAAAAUUCGAACAAAACGUCUGACUGAAUUAUUUCAUUCCUAUUCCACGUAUGACCAUAGAAUUGGUGAAAUACAAGAUAUUUUAAUAACCGAAGAAGCCAAAAAUGGUAUUGAGUUGAUUGGACACAAUAAAUAUUAUGAACAGGUUUUGGUGAAAAAGGAACCAGAAUUAAUGGGGAAGUGUAUUAAAGUAAUUGUGAAGUCAGCAAAAAAACAUUGUCUAAUAGCUGAAAUAGUGGAUAAACCAAGAAUUUCUAAGAAUAACCUUAAAAAAAUCAAUGAUAUAUACUCAAUAUGGCCUGUAUUUGCUUUAUUAGUUUGUGUUUUAGCAAGAAUACUUUGGUUAUUUGUAUAACUUGAAAAAUUAU